AUGGCUGUCACGGUCAAUUCGCUUCUCUCAGCAGUUCUGUCAUAACUUCCAAACUGGCAAUUGUUCAUACGCUUUAUUGUGUAUUGUUGAAUUUUCUUAUAACUCAAAACAGUUUCCGCUGCUGGUGCAUUGUCGUAAAUUCUUUGUAAAUAUUAAACAGAAAUGUUCGUUGUUUGAACUCAUAGGAGGUGGGCCUACAAGUUGUUGCAUUACAUCAUUUGUGCUUCGUCUACCGUAAAAGACAGUGUAUUGUGUUUCUCCUCACGGCUCGUUUUGGCCUAAUCAUGUGUAUUUUUACAGAACAUAUCACGUUGCCUGCUCUUGUUAGAAGUCCCAUUAAUAAGCUGAUUAAUAAAAGUUUAAUCUGAUCAUUGAACUCUGGUGCAAUUUUUUAUGAGUAGACUCUCACGAUUUCGUUUGAGCAAAUUUCAUACCUAGUGGAGUGUGUCAGUGGAUAUUUUGUCGAAUACUUAGAAUCGACAUUAAUGAAUCACGGUCUGUCUUAGAAAACGGAUCGGUCUUGUGAAUCAAACCUUGCACGCGUUAUGUUUUCUGAGAAAUCUCUGGGCUGUCUUAAGGAGUAUCAAGGUUUAGAGGCCUGUCGUCGAGUAGACCGAUUCGGACACAUUGGAAUUGUGGCAGAGAAUCAAAAACAAUUAAACAAUACUUCUUCGGUUAGUGCUAUGCCUUCCUGCAGACUGCAGACCCCGGUACCACAAGUCGGAUGGAGGGUUAAGCCCGAUCCGGGGGACUGACAUUUAUUGGGGUCCGUCUGACGCUGCUUGAAAGCGAUCCUGAUGUUUGAUGAUCAAUGUCUUUGACAGCCGCUCUGCGCAUUUUAUUACUUGAGAACAAUUAUUGUGUUGAGUGCUACAAGGAUUUUUGCGCCUCUGAACUGUGUUUUUACUAGGUAGCAUUUCCUUAAGCCUAUAGUCAGUGUUAGAAAAGUUAUACCAAUAAACUCAUUUCAUUGCAAAUGUCUGGAUAGAUAGAUUUUAAAUUGUAUUAUAUUGAAUGUUAAUCAUACUACAAUCUCUAGAGUAAUAGAGAGCUUUUAAACGUGAAGUGUUAAAUCAUAUUUGUCUCUUUGUUUGUAACGAUAUUCUAAUCACUGCCUAAUCAUGCCUACUUCACCGUCACGGUUGAGUCAAUACAGAAAUUUGGCUGGUGGUCGAAAUAGCUUGAGACAUAUGGUGGAUGAACAAGCGAAUAUAGAGCAAGCAACAGAGUUACUUAGAGACCCUGCAGUGGUGAGCACCAGGGGCGUGCUAAAUCGCGGCGAGGAAGAUGAAUUGUCUAUCGAAGGUUACCGCAGAUCUAUAGUGCGCACGGCGCUGUGCUGGACAGCCAUCGUGCUCACGGCUGGUGUGUUGCGUCUCCUGAUGCACUGGUCUAAGCAUUGGUAUCUUUUCGCGACGCAUGCACCCUGCUCUCUUGCCGAAGCAUCGAAAGUUUUAAUUAUUGAGCGAUAUAAUGAUAAACAUACCAUCUACUAUGUUAAAUCAGUCGAGACUGUACGAUGCGAGGAUUUUGUGGAAGAUUAUAAACAAAAAAUGUUCUCUCAAAAUGGUCCAAUACGCGAUGUCGAUAAUUUAGAAUUUUCAGUGCAUACAUCGAAUGGUGUAUUUCGAGAUACAUCGAUAAUUAGAAGAUUUUAUUGCAAAAAAUUAUGUUACAUUUGGGAUAGAGAAACAGCUCAGUUCAAAAAAUUAAUGGGUUUGGACAAAGAUGUUCCUACAACAUUACUGCACCAACAGAGAGGUUUGAGUGCUCAUCAACAAUAUUCUAGGCGUUUAGUGUAUGGUUCUAAUGAAAUAGUAAUUCCAGUGAGCAGUGUAAUAACAUUAUUGUGUCUGGAAGUUUUAAACCCUUUCUACGUAUUCCAAGUUUUUUCAUUUUGUUUGUGGUUUGCUGAUAACUAUAUUUAUUAUGCUAUGGCUAUUUUAAUCAUGUCUAUUUUUGGGAUUUCUAUGUCAAUUAUUCAAACGAGACAGAACCAAAGGGCCUUGCGCAGUACAGUGCAUAGCAGUGAUACUGUUACGGUUUUAAGAGGUGGUACUGAACAGUCCGAAGUGAUUGGGACUGAAUUCCUUGUUCCUGGUGAUGUUUUGGAAAUCCCAUCUCAUGGUUGUAUUAUGCAUUGUGAUGCAGUGUUAUUGACUGGCAAUUGCAUAUUGAACGAAUCUAUGCUCACUGGAGAAAGUGUACCUGUGACUAAAACACCUUUGCCUCCAAAACACAAUGUCAACUAUGAUACUAAAGAGCAUGCUAGGCACACAUUGUUUUGUGGAACCAGAGUUAUUCAAACAAGGUAUUUUGGAAAUGAGAAAGUUUUGGCUGUUGUAAUUUCUACAGGUACAAUAACAGCGAAAGGAGGCUUGGUUAGGUCUAUAAUGUACCCACCACCAGUAGACUAUAAGUUUGAAAGAGACUCUUAUAGAUUUAUAGCCAUGUUGGCUGGAAUUGCUGGAUUAGGAUUCAUAUACACUGUCAUUACUAAAGUAAUGAGAGGUGUAUCUGUACAUGAUAUUGCUAUAGAAUCUUUGGAUUUAAUAACCAUAGUAGUUCCACCAGCUUUACCAGCAGCUAUGACUGUAGGCAGGAUGUAUGCUCAAAGAAGGUUGCAAAAUAAUGGAAUUUAUUGCAUUUCUCCUAGAACUAUCAAUGUAUCUGGAAGUAUUGAUUGUGUUUGUUUUGAUAAGACUGGGACAUUGACUGAAGAUGGUUUAGACAUGUGGGGUGUGGUACCUACAUUUAACAAAUAUUUUCAAUUGCCAUUUAAAAAUAUCGAACAGCAUCCUCAGAAUGAUUUAUUAUUUGGAAUGGUCUCUUGUCAUUCAAUCACUAUGAUUGAUGGACAAAUGUCUGGUGACCCGCUUGAUUUAAAGAUGUUUGAGUCAACAAAAUGGAUAUUGCAAGAGCAUAAUGUAGCUGAUGAUACUAAAUUUGAUAUGUUGUUUCCUACUGUGGUCCGUCCUCCCAUGACAGAAAAUGUUGUUUUGGAUGAAAUACCCCUAGAAAUUGGCAUAGUUCGUGAAUUUCCGUUCUCCAGUUCUCUACAAAGAAUGUCUGUUGUGACUCGUACUCUGAGUGAUAAUCAUUUUAAGGUGUAUUGCAAGGGUUCUCCAGAGAUGCUAUCUACACUAUGUAAACCUUCUACCAUUCCAGAUGAUUUUUCAAUAGUUUUAGAAAAAUACACACAAGAAGGCUAUAGAGUAAUUGCAUUAGCUUACAAAAAUUUAGAAAAGAAAGUUUCUUAUUUGAAGAUCCAAAAAAUGUCUAGAGAUGUUGCAGAAAGUGAAUUGACCUUUUUAGGUUUAAUAAUUUUAGAAAAUAGACUUAAAGCUGACACGACAAAAGUGAUAGAGAACUUAAUAGAUGCUGAUGUGAAGAUUAUUAUGGUGACAGGAGAUAAUAUCUUGACAGCUAUCAGUGUUGGUAAAGAUUGUGGUAUAAUUGGUCCAUCUCAAGGAGUUAUAACAGUUAAUGCUACUAAUGAACAUACAAGAAUUCCACAAUUAUACUACACAUUAGCUCCAGGAUCAAGAAGUCAAACGGAUGGAAAUGAAGAAUCAUCAUUAAUGACAAAAUCAGAUAGUGUCAUCAGUAUGGAUACAGUAGAAUCCUGUACCCAAACCAGGGAUGUUGAGGCAGGACUUGUAAAUCCCCAGUCUUAUCAGAAUGAAAUAUCAACAAAUAAUUAUAGAUUUGCCAUUACUGGAAAAAUAUGGUCAAUUGUCAGAGAGCAUUAUCCAGAUAUAUUACCAAUGCUAAUAACCCGAGGAGCAAUUUUUGCAAGAAUGUCGCCUGAUCAGAAGCAGCAGCUGGUUCUGGAGCUUCAAAAACUUGGAUACUAUGUUGCCAUGUGCGGAGAUGGUGCUAAUGAUUGCGGAGCCUUGAAAGCGGCUCACACUGGAAUUUCUCUGUCAGAGGCGGAAAGUUCAGUAGCAUCACCAUUCACAUCUAAAAAUCCAACCAUUGGAUGUGUGCCCCGCGUCAUAAAAGAGGGUCGUUGUGCUCUUGUUACUAGUUUUGGCAUCUUUAAAUACAUGGCCGCUUACUCUUUGACUCAAUUUGUCUCCGUUAUGAUUCUAUAUUCCAUUGAUUCAAAUUUGACAGAUAUAGAAUUUUUGUAUAUUGAUCUAUUCAUGAUAUCUGUAUUUGCAUUCUUUUUUGGGAAAACAGAGGCGUACUCAGGACCACUAGUAAAGCAAAAACCGUUGAAUUCAUUGAUGUCUUUGAGUCCUAUACUAUCUUUGAUAUUGCAAAUGCUGUUGGUGAUUGGUUUUCAAAUGACGGCAUUUUUCCACAUAAUAAAUGAGCCAUGGUAUGUGCCGUUUAAUGGAGCAGAGAAACCAGAUAAGAAUUCUGUUGGAUGUAAUGAAAAUUAUGCCAUAUUUUCUAUAUCCAGCUUUCAAUAUAUUAUUUUGGCAAUAGUGUUCUCUAAAGGAGCUCCUUAUAGAAAAUCAAUUUUUUCUAAUUAUGGAUUCAUGAUAUCUUGCAUAUUUAUGACAGGUUUUACAAUAUAUCUUACAUUAAUUCCUUACGAAGCAAUCGCAAACUUUAUGAAUUUGGUUGUACCGGACAGUUUUCGUUUUCGGUUAUACAUUGUCACUUAUGGCCUACUGCAUUUUCUUAUUGCGGUUUUCAUAGAAGUAUUUAUUGUGGAAUAUUUAGUAUUUAAUAAACUAAGACCAAGAUGGCAUAAUAUACAUAAAUCUCGUCGAAAAUUUUUAGCUAUUGAAGAUCACUUGCGCAGGGAUACGAGAUGGCCGCCGCUGUGCGAACAUUUCGUGGAACAAUCGAAUAAUACUUCUGUCCAAAAUUCGCCUAGUUAUUCCAGUAUUAGUGUUGAAAAAAAAGUGCAGGUUCCUUUGGAUACUAAUAAUGUCCUAAAUAACUUUUUUGUGAAAGAAAGUAAUGUUCACGAAACUGUAGAUGAUAAUUUAAAUAUUACUCCAUCCGCAGGGCUCGAAAUGUUGGUUAAACCCAUUUAUAAUGGAUUUACAAAUAGUGAUACAAAUAAUAGUGAUAUAUCUAUCAUUAUGCAAGCCAGUUGUUUGGAUGGAAAACACACAAAUAUUUUUGAAAACAAAAAUGACAAUUUGAUCAAAAAUAAACAUUAUAAAAUCACAAAUGGAAUGGACAAUGUAAUUAAGCGUUAUGGUUAUGAAAUGUCGCAUCUACCAACUAGCUGAGUUUUGUUUCAACAAAUGAUUUUGAAAAUUUUGAUAAUGUUUUAGUAGUAACUAUUAAAUAAUGCAUAUAUUGUUUAUUUAUUCUCUAUGGUGAAAUGAUUCAGCUUUGAUAAAUCAAUCCAAAAAUUAGAUAGAUAUAACUAAUAAUUUGGUGAAAUCUUUAAUGGAAGAGCAUAAAGAAAUCAGAAGUUUACAAAAACUCAAGGCUGAUGUGCUCUUGUAGAUUUUUAUGAAAAGGCAGCGUUUGUUUUAUUCUUAGAUUUGUUGGUGGUUUUGCUUUCAAUCUUAAUAUUUUAAUGUUAACUAAAUUGCAGUUAAUUUGAAGCACUUAAUAAAACGCCAAUAUCCUUUGAACAUUGGUAGUUUUUAGACUGGUUUCAAUUAUAAUUUUAAUCAUUAUGUAUGUAUGUUAGUUAAAAUAGGUCAAAUAAUAGUAACUAAUAGUGGUAUACAUUCAUAUUCCUGGGGAGCUAAUGAGUGAUAAAACUCUUUGACCAAAUUUCGAAUUUUGUGCACAUAAUUUGUUGAUACAAUAAAUAUUGAUUUUGGCAUGUUUACUCU